UUGGAACGAAGUGGAGCAACCCAAGUGAACUGAGAAACAUGCAGGCGAUACACAGGUGGAUCCUACUGCUGCUGGCCGGAUUUCUAGCUACUUGUCGGGCGGACGGUCUGCUGGAGUUGUCCUGCAGCUCGGACGCACAGUGCGUCCAGUUCGAGCGCGGUCGCUGCGUGGACAUGGCCUGCAUCUGCACAGCACGUGGCUCCGGGGAACGGGUGCCAUGUACGCCGUUGGAGGAGCGGCUCAAGCUGACCAACAUCAUUGGUGGUUCCUGUCCAUGCCCCAUGCCGAAUGCCAUAUGCCACACGCGAUGGCAGCAGUGCCUCUGCUCCGAGGGCCAUGUGUCCAGUGACGACCGGAGGCGCUGCCUGCCGGAGGUGGUCCAGGUUGGCGGAAGCUGUGAGUUCCAGCAGCAGUGCCAGCUGGCGGAUCGGUUUAGCUCCUGCAUUGGCAACCAGUGUCUCUGCCUCAACCACUUCGAAUUCCACGAGGGACGUUGUUCGGCUGUUUUGCAAUCAAGCUGUCUAGAGGACAAGGAUUGCGGCAGCUGUGGAGCCUCGAUUUGCCUGACAAAGACGAAGCGGUGCGGAUGCUCCAAGAACUUUGUGCACAACCACAACAUGACCAAGUGCGUCAAGGGCUCCGCCUACGGCGACACGUGCGAGCACAGUUCGCCGUGCAAGAUGAACCUGGGAGCCGAUGGCAGGUGCCUGGAUCACCUCUGCGUCUGCCGUUCGACCCACUACCCCAAAAGGGUAGCCAACAAGGUGGCCAAGGACGAGAACGAUGACCUCGAUGCGGUGAACAAUGUGGAGCGGAUCACUUGCGCACCCAUUGUGCCGUUCGGGUCACUCUGUCGGAACGAUAGCGAGUGUCGGAUGCAGCCCAUGGAGCAGGCGAAUGCCACAGCAUCCAUUGGCCAUCCCAUGGUGUGCAAUUGGGGCGAGUGCUCCUGUAGUGAGACCCAUCGACUGGAGGACAACAAGUGCGUUUUUGUGGAGAACGCCGCCACGCAUUAUCAACUAGGAGGCUUUGUGGCCUUCCUUUGUAUCCAGUUCACAAUGAUUCUUUAUUAGGAUGUAGCAAAAAACUUGUUAAACUUAAAUUAAUACAUUGAACACACGCUUCAACGGAUAA